AUGGCUGGGAUUCCUGGGUUGUUCUUGCAGGAGAGGAGACUCAUAGAUUCAUGGUAUCCCUCCCUGACAAAGAAUAUAGGCGGACAAUCUAUCCAAGGUGGAGAGGUGAUUGUCACCUAUGUCAUUGCUACUAGAGACUUGGAACUUCCCUCUAGAGAUGAGGAGGAUGAAACUCUGGCAGAACAACCACCUGUUGAGGCCACUCCUUCUACUAGAAGGAAAAGAAAAGAAACUGCUCAUGCUCAGGACAGUGCUGCCCUGCCUAAAGUUUCUGCUGAAAGUCCUCCUCCUCCUACUAGGUCAAAAAAACUUAGAAAGAGGACUGGAGUUGAAUUUGAUGAGAUAGAAAAGCCUGUAGCUGUUCCAACUGAGACUUCUGGAGAGAAGGCACAAGAAAAAGAAAAAGAUGUUCCCACAAAAGAAAAAGAAAAAAGAAAAGAGUUUAAAGAAGAGGAGGAGAUUCCUGAUGAGAGGGCAGAACCCACAAGCUCAGAAUUGGCCCUUUUUGAUCAUGUGGAGGCAGAACAUUCUGUUGCUGCCCCAGAGCUUGAAGUGGAAGCAGAAUACUCUGUUGCUGCUGCUCCUGUCCCUGAGAACAAGACUGCUGGGGUUCUAGCUGUGGUGACCAGUCCUUUCAAGCCUCCCAUCGUGUCUAUGCCCAUCCAUUCUCUCCCAGGUUCAUAUACCACUGCUUCCUUUGCUGAUUCGGAAUUGGCAAAGUUUAAAGCCAUGGACUUAGACGCUCAGCUGGACAAACUGGAGACGCUUAGCUCUACUCCUAGCAAGGCAAAAUCCAAGGUAAUGGAUAGAGUGAAAAUCUGGCAAUCCACUGAGUUGGAUUUGAAUGAAAACCAAGAAACUGUUGACCAACUGAUAAAGGACCUAGAUUUGCUGCAUAGGAAAAACAUGGCUCCAAAGCCCAUUCUUGAAAUCAGCCUUGGCUUAGCAAAAGAUGUGCUCAAUCUCCACAACCGCUAUGAGUUUUGCAAGGCUACUAAUGAAGCCAACUUGGCUGAUUAUGCAAAGCAUAAAACAGAAUUGGACCAGAAGGAUUUAGACACUUGUGUUCUCAGCAAUCUGUUUCAACACAAGCAUAGAAUCUCCCAAGAUUUCCACAGACUGGAUUCCCAACUCCACCAACAUUUCAAGGCCAAUGAUUAA